GCCGUCUUUCCCCAAUCUCUACCCUUUUACUCUCCACCAUUUCCUUUUUAAUACAUUAGAUCUUUUCAGCCUUUGCGCUUGUCCGAUCAAUCUAUUUCAUCAUGUUCCGCUCCGCCAUUGUUCGUUCCUUGAAGGCUUCCGCCCCCCGUGUCAUCAAGACCCCGGCUCCCUUCCACAUCCGCAGCUCCCCCAUUGCUGCCCAGGUCCCUCAAUUCACUCCCUGCUUCGCUCAGGGUGUCCGCCUCUACUCUGCCCCUGCUGGUCUGAGCAAGACUGAGGCCGAGGGCCGGAUAGUCAACCUGCUCAAGAACUUCGACAAGGUCUCCGAUGCCAGCAAGAUUAACGGCGCUUCCCACUUCUCGAACGACCUUGGUCUGGACAGCCUGGACACUGUCGAGGUUGUGAUGGCUAUUGAGGAGGAGUUCAGCAUUGAGAUCCCCGACAAGGAGGCCGACCAGAUCCACAGCGUUGAGAAGGCUGUCGAGUACAUCCUGGCCCAGCCCGAUGCCCACUAAAUAUUUAAUUUGAAAACUUGGGAUCGGUUGGAGAAUCGGAUAGAAAAAGAAUCGGGAUGUUGGCAUCAGUGGGGCUCGUUGGACACAGCGACACUCAAUUGACGUGCUAUUUUGUAUGCUGAAUACAUGCCAGUGGCCUUUCUUUCCUAUAUCGUGUAUAUCAUUUGAAUGCAAUUUAUGCAAUUUUGAAGCAGUAUUGCUACCACGUGGUGAUAAUCAC